UGGUAUUCUGUCAAAGAGCGAUGUCAUAAUUUGUAAAAGCGAGGAAACCGUAAAUUCUUCCCUCUAUUUUUGUGCGAUAUGGUGAAUUAUAUAUGUUCUUAAUUGAUCGAAAUAAAACUGUUCAUUUGUUUGGUGACUAACUAUAAAUGUAUAUAACAUUUUUCACAAGCCAGAGUUACAUUCUGCAUAGUACUUGUCGUAAAUAAUUGAUUUGUAAAAUAGGAAUAAAAAUAUAUUUUGAUUAAUACUAAUAAUAGAGUUUUGAUCAAGAGUAGAAAAGACAACUCUGGCUUGUUUUUGUUAUAGAAGUUAUAAUUACUACACAGUCAACAGUAUUACAAGUUGAGCAGUGAAUGUCGUGUUAACACCGACUUUGAAGUUAAAACUGUUUUUCUUUUGAAAUUACCGAUGUUUCAAUCUAUUCAACAGAUUAUUGUGGGUUAUAGAAUAGAAAACAGAACAUUUUAAAGUAAGAUGAAUACAGAAGAAUCUGCUUCGGAAUCACUACAUUCGAGUACUCAGUUUUCAGGAGGGAACAGUAUUUUAUCUGUUGGAAGUGGUACAGAAAUAUGUACGACAUCAGCGGUAGUUCUUUUGGUUCUACAGUUUGCAAAUGUCAGCGGUCUAACAUCUGGUAUUCCAACUCGUACGACUCCAACUGUAACUCCUACCACUCUAAAGAAUAUUGAAACACUCUUUGAGCUACAGUCAAUCCCUCCAGCUCCUUUGGAACACCAGCAUCAAGCAGGAUUUGUUCCCCCGGUGGUUAAUGUUCCAACAUUAUACCAACCAGUCUCCCUGAUCAAGCAGGAAGAAGAACCUGAGUGGAUGGCCUCUGCUCAUAGUCAGUCUACUAGUAAUAGCUUAUUUUCAGAAGAUUCAUUAACUAUGUCCCCUCCUCCUGUGGUAACCACUACCUCGUCUUCUAAAGCUCGUAGCUCAGGAGGCAGGAGACCAAGAAAUGAGAAGGUGUCUCCUGAGGAAGAAGAAAGAAGGCGAGUUCGUCGGGAACGAAAUAAGCUAGCAGCUGCCAGGUGUCGAAAACGAAGACUAGAUCAUACAAACAGCUUGAUAAAAGAAACGGAAGGUUUAGAGAAAAAGCGGCAGGCUUUACAAAAUGAAAUUCAGUUGUUAACUUCUCAGAAGGAGGAACUUGACUUUCUGCUGGCAGCACACAAGGCCACCUGUAAGCUGCUCACUUCCCACAAGUCUGUUGAGAAUGGAAAAGAGUCUUCGAAUAAUAUGAUUCUAAGAAACGGCCCUAACUCAUCCUCUGGGGAAGGAAUUCUAAACAAAUCAAAGCGAGUUUCUAGGCCAACAUCCCUUCCAGUUUCAUCUACGUAUAUGAGCUCUUCAGAUCUCCCAACCACAGGAGUGUUUAACAUGGAUUCUCUAAUGGAAGGAGGGACUGGAUUGACACCAGUGUCCUCUAGUGUUUCCUGUUCAGGACAGCAGAAAAAGUCUGGCAUCAUUUACUCAAUACGACUGAAGAUGUCUUCAUGGCGUUUUUUAUCUGCAGAAUACCUUAAAUGAUAGAAGCUUUCAAGGGUAGAAGUUUACUGUAGGACCACAGCUUAUAGCAAGUCAUCCCUAUCCAAAGAUAAUGUAGGUAUGAUUAAGCUUUUUUCCUUUCUCUUGUUUCUGUAAAUACAGUUAUUUAUUUUGUUUUUGUACAGAUAAAAAAUUUAUUUCUAGCUAAAAUAAAAACAAGGAAGAAGAAACUUGUUUUAAUCCAUUUUAUUAACUUCACAGGAUAUGUAUGUGUUUUUGUAAUUAAAUAAUACCAUUAUUAUUAUUAAUUUCUUUUAGUAUUUCGUAUAUCAGACUGUUUGAUACUAUUAACAGCAGUACAUUUGUAAGAUUGGAAAAUAUAUUUUUGUACCUUUGGUAGGAAAACAUGUCAAAUAAUGUUCCAAUAAAGGCAUCAUUACACUUACGGUUUA